AUGUGUUCACUGACUGAACCACGUCGUGCUAUUGUUUCAUGUAAACAUAUAUUUUCAUCGUAUACGAAUGAAUGUUCAACAACAACAACAACAACAACAACAUCUUCAUUUCGAUCAACAAAACGAAGAUUAAAUGACAAUAUUUCAAAUACUAAAGUCUUUCAAAUAUCAUUUGAUGUUGAAACAAAUUUCUUAGUUAAUAAUGAUAAACUACUCAGGACAUCAUUAAAUCCACUUUCACCUACUUUCUAUUCUCAUCAUCAUGAAGAAUUAAUAUCAAGUGACAUUAACUAUCAAUGUAAGACAUCUGGUUAUGAUAGUGGUAUUAAUAGUAGUAGUAGUAGCAGCAGCAGCAUUACAAAUCCAGGACAACAAUUAUCUCCAAUUUUAAUAAAUAAUGACAAUCAACCAUCAUUUACAUUUUCAAUUAUUAAUAAUAAUAAUAAUUCAACAUCACAAAUUCGUCGUAAAUCUUCAUCAUCAUCAUCAUCAUAUGAAUCUAAUCAUAUAAUAUUAUGUUCAUGUGAAAAAGAAAAUUUAAAUAAUCGUAAACGUUAUAGACGUUAUUUAAAAAAAACAUCAUAUGAUAAUUAUCAAACAAAACGUAUUAAAAUAAAUUAUCGUAAAAAAAAUUUUAAACAAAAUAUUAAUAAUUCAUUAAUUAAAUUUAGUAUUGAUUUAACUGGACAAAAUAUUAAUUAUACAAUUGAAUAUCAUCAUAAUCGUAUUAUAUUACCAUUUUAUUAUGAUUUUUAUUAUAUAUCAUGGCUUCAAAUAUAUUAUUAUUAUUAUUAUUAUUUAUAUUUUUAUUAUUUACAAUUUUUUGAUCGAGAAGAGUCUAUUCAACCACCACCAACACGAUCAUGGCUUCGUCUUUCAUCACCAAAUACAACACAACCAACAGCUAUAUUUACAAUAAUGAAUUAUAAUAUACUUUGUGAUAAAUAUGCAACAAGACAUGUUUAUGGUUAUUGUCCAUCAUGGGCAUUAAAAUGGGAUUAUAGACGAAAACAAAUUCUUGAAGAAUUACGUUCAUAUUCAGCUGAUAUUAUUGCUCUUCAGGAAAUUGAAACUGAUCAAUAUUAUUCAUUUUUUUUACCUGAAUUACAAAAAAAUGGUUAUGAUGGUGUAUUUAGUCCUAAAUCACGAGCAAAAACAAUGUGUGAACAAGAUCGUCGAUAUGUUGAUGGAUGUGCUAUAUUUUAUCGACAAUCAAAAUUUCGUUUAAUCAAAGAAUAUCUUGUUGAAUUUAAUCAAUUAGCUAUGUUAGCUGCAAAUGGUACAUCAUGUCAUGAUAUGAUGAAUCGUGUUAUGACAAAAGAUAAUAUUGGUCUUGUUGCAUUUCUUGAAACAAAAGAAGAAAUUUAUUCUCAUACAUUUUCAAAUGGUGUUUUACCACCAGAUCAUAAACAAAUGUUAUUUGUAUGUACAGCACAUAUACAUUGGGAUCCAGAAUAUUGUGAUGUUAAAGUUGUACAAACAUUUAUGUUAUUAUCAGAAUUAAAAACAAUUAUGGAAGAUGCUAUACAAAAACAUCGACCAAAUUCAAAUUUACCAAUCGAUUGUACAUCAGUACCAUUAGUUCUUUGUGGAGAUUUUAAUUCAUUACCUGAUUCAGGUGUUAUUGAAUUAAUGCGUACAGGAAAAAUUUCAAUGAAUCAUGCUGAUUUUAAAGAUCUUAGUUAUGAAUCAUAUUUACAAAAAUAUUGUCGUAUUGAUGAAAGUUCAACACCAAGUAAUGAUAUUAUACAUCAUUUUAAAUUACAAUCAGCAUAUGAAACAACAUCAGCACCUAUUAUGCCUUAUACUAAUUAUACGUAUGAUUUUAAAGGUAUUAUUGAUUAUGUUUUUUAUUCAACACAAUUAAUGCGUGUACUCGGUGUAUUGGGACCACUUGAUCCUGAAUGGCUUCAAACAAAUAAAAUAGUCGGUUGUCCACAUCCAAAUGUUCCAUCGGAUCAUUUUUCACUUCUUGUUGAAUUUGAACUUAAUCCAAUAAAUGAGAAUUUAAAAAAUUCAACAACAUCAAUGUCUACAAGACGACAACAAUAA